UUCCUUUGUUUUUGGUAUCCAUGGACAGCAGCAGCACCAAUACCAUUGCCCCUCUUUCUUGCUUGCUUGUCCCAUUUCUCUUUCUCUCUCUUUUGCCCUAAACCCACAACCCGCUUCCUACAUAAAGCUCGCUCCUUUCACUCCAUUCUCCACUCUACACUUCCAUUCUCCAACACUCUCACAUGGGUUUUUCUCAAAACGCCCCACAAAUCUGUUCUGUUCCCUAAGCACCACCCUUUUUCUGUUCUAGCACACAACCGUUAUCAAUGGCUCACAACUCAGACAGUGCCACCUCCAACCUUCUUCUCUGUUCGGAGAACAGCAGCACCUGCUUCGAUGAUGAUUUGGAAUGUUGUGAUGCCGCAGAUGGGUCCAACUCCAGAAUCUCGCAUCAGUUCUGGGACCACCAUGAGGGUGGUGGUGGUGGUGGAUCGGAGUUGUUGGCGUGUUUUGUGGCGCAGAGUGAGGAAACUGUGAGGGCUAUGGUGGAGAGAGAGAGGGAGCAUUUGCCGAGGGAUGAUUACUUGAUGAGGCUGAGGAGUGGGGAGUUGGACUUGGGUGUUAGGAGGGAGGCUAUUGAUUGGAUUUGUAAGGCUCAUUCUUAUUUUGGCUUUGGACCCUUGAGUUUUUGUUUAGCUGUGAACUACUUGGACCGCUUCCUAUCGGUUUUUGAUUUACCGAGAGGUGUGACUUGGACUGUGCAAUUGUUAGCUGUAGCUUGCUUGUCGAUUGCGGCUAAAAUGGAGGAGAUCAAAGUGCCUCAAUCCGUAGAUUUACAGGUUGGGGAACCAAAGUUUGUGUUUGAAGCUAGAACCAUUCAAAAAAUGGAACUACUUGUAUUAAGCACAUUGGGAUGGAAAAUGUGCGCUAUAACUCCUUGUUCCUUCAUAGACUACUUCCUUGGCAAGAUCACUUGCGAGCAGCAUCCAGCAAAAUCAUCCAUUUCAAUAUCAGUGCAGCUCAUCCUUGGCAUAAUCAUGGGUAUUGACUACUUGGAAUUCCGGCCUUCUGAAAUUGCUGCCGCGGUGGCUGUUUCUGUUUUAAAGGAAUUGCAAGCGAUAGAAAUUGAUAAGGCCAUAAUUGAUCUCUUAGUAGUAGAGAAGUGGAGAGUUCUGAAGUGUGUUGAAUUGAUAAGAGAUUUGUCCUUGAUCAAUGUUGCUGCUAGUUUAGGCAGCAAGGUACCAUAUGUGCCCCAAAGUCCAAUUGGGGUGCUGGAUGCUGGGUGCUUAAGUUAUAAGAGUGAUGAAUUAACUGUUGGAUCAUGUCCAAAUUCUUCACAUAAUAUUUCAAAUCCAAACCCUACUAAGAGGAGCAAACCAGAUGGACCUUCUAAUGGAACCUCCAAUUCAUGAAAUGUGGAUUUUCUUCCUUCACCAAAGUUCAUUUAGUUUGGUUGAAUGGGAGUUUGGUGUGGUCUUGGGAUUCCUUGGAAACAUUCUCAACGAGAGUGUGCUUCGGAUGAAUAAGAUAGGAAUUUAAUUAAGUGCUAUCAUGGUAGAAGCAUAUGGACAUGACCAGGAAGGAGGUGUUGAUAGUUAAGUUUUUUUUUGGUUUAUAGUCAGAUUAUAGAAACAGCUACAAAUACUUGGGACAUGCGAUUGGUGUAGAAAAUUUUGAUGAAACAAUGUUGAGGUGGCACAAACACAGAAUGUCACAGUAUGAAUGUAAUAUUUGGAGAGGAGAGCCAUAAUUGUUGUCCAUGUGAAUGUCCUAAGUUCUCAUUUUAGAAGAAAAUUAAUAUAUAAAGCAUUUUUUUAUGGUUA